UUGGGCUCGAACCUGCCGGUGCCUCCGCACCGCGAGCUGUUUGGUGAAAUGGAGGUGCCAGGUCUGGCAGAUCUGGCCAGCCCUUGGCAGCCUGGUCCCUGGCGGCCACAUCUUCCGAAGGAGGAGCCUGGAUCCUCCGUUGGCGCACGACACCUGGAAGGUCGGCAGAACGAUGCACCGGGGCGCGGCCAGACGGAGCUGUGGCCAAUUGGUGCAGAGAGGUUCCAAUGUGAUCUCAUCCCGAAGUUUUUGGAAGAUGACAUAGGUGCUUCCUCUUCCAGCACCCGCAGCACCAGCCGAGGGGAGGAAGCUUCCAACCAUUCGGGUGAUCUGGGAGAGGAGGCAGAUGGCGGCACCAACAGUACGGUGAUGAUGCGCAACAUCCCCAGCGAGUUCACGGGAGCUAUGCUGUUAACCCUGCUCAACCGCAAGGGCUUCAAGGGAAGCUAUGACUUGGUCUAUCUACCGAUGGAUUAUCACAACAAGGUGGGCUUCGGCUAUGCCUUCAUUAACUUCGUGGAGCCGUCUUUGGCGAAAGCCUUCCGACGAGCCUUCGAAGGCUUUAGAGAGUGGGAUUUGGUCAGUGACAAGGUCUGUGAGGUAUGCUGGAGCAACGUCUUGCAGGGUGUUGAUGCGCAUAUUGAGCGUUACCGCAACAGUCCUGUGAUGCAUCCCACGGUGCCGGAGACCUUCAAACCCAUGCUCUUCGUGGACGGGCAGCAAGUGCCCUUUCCGGCGCCGACAAAGACCAUCCGGCCACCGCGCUUGCGCAAGAAGCAGCAGUAGGUGUGCCCAAUGGUGUGCCAGUGAGGUGUGUUUCUCAAGAAAGGCGCAGCCUUUUGGGGCCUUGUCCCGGACGGGGAAUUCCCCUUAAAUCGUAGUUAGGGAACAGACCCAUGUUGUACAAAGAUCUUUCACGGUUCAACACCAUGGUGGUGGUCCCUGACCCAGAAACA